AUGAAAUAGCAGCCACAGGAAAAGGUGAGAAGGCAGCAAUCAUUAUCACCCAGGGCAGCAAAACAUCUGGCUCUUGUUAACAUGAAGAAGAUUUCACGAUCAUCCCAGGACCAACUCCCCCCACCACUCUCUUCCCAGUCCUCCAGAACCCAAAUGCAGAGCAGCAGCAGCAGCCAGUUGGAAGACCAAGUCCUCUGUCCCAUUUGCCUGGAGGUGUUCCACAACCCAGUUACCACAGCCUGUGGCCAUAACUUCUGCAUGACUUGCCUUCAGAGUUUCUGGGACCACCAGGUUGCCGUUGGGGAGACUUACCACUGUCCCCAGUGCAAAAAGGACUUCCCCAGCAGGCCCCACCUCUUCAAGAAUGUCAUCCUUGGAGAGAUGGUGGCUUGCUUCAUCCAGGCCAAGGGCCAGGCCUCAGGGCCCUUAUGGAACAACAGGGCUGGCCCCACAGAUGUGCCCUGUGACUUCUGCUCCCCACAGAAGCUGAAGGCAAUCAAGUCCUGCCUGCAGUGCAUGGCUUCCUUAUGCGAGAAGCACCUGCGCAGCCACUUUGAGGACAAGCUGUUCCAGGACCACCAGCUGUUGGACCCGGUGUGGGAUCUCAAGAACCGCCUGUGCCGCAAGCAUCGCAAGCUGCGGCAUCUGUACUGCCGCACGGAGGGCAGCUGUGUGUGCACGGCCUGCCUGCUCGAGGAGCACAAGAAUCACGACACCACCCCUCUGGAGGAUGAACGGUCACGCAAGGAGGCAGAAGUUCGGAAGAUUCAGGCCAAUGUGGAGAACCAGAUGCUGAUCAUUGCCUCAGACAACCAGAAGCACCAGGGACGAAUGAGCUUUCUCUCGAAACUGAUUCAGACAAUUCGAGAUGAGGUGAACACCUGCUUCUCAGACAUCCUCCAUGAGAUUAAACAGCUGCAGAUAAAGGUCUUGGAUUUUGUGGAGAAAGAGGAGGAGGCUGCCCUGCAAAAGCUGGGCAACUCUAUCCAGCAAAGCCACAACCGGCUCCUGAAGUUGGAGGGGGACAGCAUCUGGCUUCACAGUCUGCUCACCAACCGGAGUGAUGAGCAGUUCCUACAGGAGUUUCCCCGACUGAAGCACUUCCCUGACUGCGUGGAACCCUUGAUGGGCACCAACUGUGAGGAGGCGCAGAGCUUCCUUCAGCUGCCAGAGACCCUGGCCCAGCUCCGCACCAGGCUAAUGGACAUAGGCCUCAGCUUCAUCAACCAGCUGCUCUUGAAGGGCAUCAAGAUGAACUCCUAUGAGGUGCUGCCUCCAGUUGUGGACAGGAAGAUGCUACUGCAGUAUUACUGCAACCUGAACUUCGACUCCGACACGGCCAGCGAAGAUCUGUUCUUGUUCAAGGAAACACACUCAGUGUUGAACUUGGGCAUUCUUCUGGAGCCGUCGACCACAGCCAGCAACACCCCUUUACCGGGCUUCAAGCAGUGGCCUCAGGUGCUGUGCUACCCAGGCCUGUCGGAAGGCUGUCACUACUGGGAGACGGAGGUGUCCAACUCGUGGAUGUGCCUGGGAGUCACGUACCGUCGCAGCCCCCCGCUGACCGGCAGCCGCCCGCGUCGCAACAUCGUCUACCUGCUGGGCCGCAACUCCUACUCGUGGUGUCUGGAGUGGGACUCGAUCAAGUUCUCCGUGUGGCACAACAACACGCAGACGGUGCUGCACGGCUCCUAUCAACACACGCUCGGCGUGGCGCUGGACUUCGGCGCCGGCUGCCUGUCCUUCUACGGCGUGGCGGGCGGCAUGAGCCUCCUGUACCGCUUCCUCACUUCCUUCCUGGAACCUCUCUACCCCGCGGUCAUGGUUAGCAGCGGAGCCUCGCUCACACUCAAGCAGUACCCCGAGGCAUAGGCAGCGCCCGCCGGCCCAGGCUGGCUGCCAAUAAAGUUAGAUCUACGUACCGGCCCGGCACGAGCGCAGAGAGGGUGGUUUCCGGCGUGGUCCCCUGCGCCCAGGAUGGAAGCGGGUGGCCCACCUGCUUCCCAGCGCUAUGUCUGAAUCCAUCUGCGGGACCUGCCUGAAAAUUCUCGAUACUGACCUUCUCUGUGACACCGGAAGGGCUCUGAAGCAGACAGGAGGUGUCCUCAUGUCCUUCAGAGGCCAAAAUCUUGCUUUAAAUACCCACCACCCCUUCCCCACCUCAUCGGCAACCCUUGGCCUAGCUUCUCAGGCCCACCCUUGCCGUCGCUUCCCACUGUCUUCAAAGGCUGUGAGGCUUCAGACUGCAAGGCUUCUCUCCAGGUGGCCAUACUGUGAAUUAGCACCGGAUGGAGAUGGGAGGGUUGGAAGAGUUCUAGCGUACCUGGGGACUGGAUUCGUGCUCAGGAGCUCAGCCCUAUCUCCGACCCAAGACCGGUGAGCUGAGGACCGAGGUCCAGGUUAGAGGUGGUGGGCAGAACAGCUUACAUCACCCACUAGAGCAAAGUGUCUCUGUCAGCGUUUGGCAGCACGGAAGGCUGUGGAUACGGGGUGGAAAAUGUUCACCUCCCAUCCUCUUCUCUCUGGUUUGGGUGAGUGGUUCCCUGUCUUCAGUGAUGAGCUCACUCCGCUCACGGAAGCUGUGGGCACCCAGGCCUUUGUAAUCUAAUUUUGCCCAGUGUGGGGCUUCUAAGUCUCUGUAACGGCUUCAUCCACCUCCAGGCCCAGGACCUGCUAAGGAACCCUGACUAUUGGAUUGAAGCCAUGCCCACCCCCAUGCCAACGGUUCCUGUCCAGUGGGAAAGUACUCUGAAUUUCCAGACUCAGCCGGCCACAGUUCCUGUGGGUUUAAAGCGAGGCCUUGGCCGAGUUAAUGAUCCAUGAGCUGAUAAAGGUCAUAAGAGAGAAAGCCCCUAGGGCAAGGCAAUUUGCAGCCAGACUAGGCAGUCCCCCACCAUGAGGGCACUUGAGAAUUCAACCCCUGCCCUGCCUGUACCUGGAGAAAUUAGUAACCCUGUUUUCUCCUUGAGGCUCUCCUUUUGGGGUGGGGAGAGCAAUGUUAUGCUUUGAAAGUCUCCUGGGGUGCCCUGGCUGUGACCUUUCACCCUGGAGUCGUAUUUCCCACAGGUUGCUGUUCCUGUAGGGGACAAGGCUGUGAACCGCUUCCCCCAUAUUGAGGGAAGAGCCUGUCCUUAUUCCUAAUGCCUAGUUCAUGCCUCCCCCCUAACUCGUUCUUCCUGGGUCGGCAGGGGAGCCAGCUGGGCCUGGUAAAGCAUCCCUGCAAUUCAAUCACUCAGGAGGCUGAGGUAGAAUUGCUGCAAAUUCUAGGCAAGUCAGGGCUACAUAAUAAGACCCUUCACCCCUUACUGCCCCCCCCCCAAAAUGGGAAGGAUCCAGGCCUGCUAUCAUGUACCUGUAAUCCCAGCACUCUCAAAGAAAAACUUUGAGGUCGUUCUCAAUGGCUCAGCAAGUUCAAGGAACAAAAAGAAAUGAAACCAGUGUGGAGGAGGAAUUAGAGGGGGGUUGAGUGUCCCUCACAUCUGUGCCGAGGGCAGGGACAACUAAGGAGGUGAAUGUGCAGCAGACAGUGGGGUCCCUCUAGGAAGCUGACCAAUCUGGUUUGCCCGCCCCCCUGGUUUCCUAGGACACAUAGCUACAGGAUGGUCGGUGACAGGCCACAGUGUCCUGGGACACACAUCCAAAGGUGUUCCUUCAACUGAUGCUCUUUAUUUGGGGGUUCCUUAUUAGAGGAUUCCUGAAGGAGUCCGCAUGGUAUCACUGGAGGGAGUGACCCCAAACCAGUAAAGCAAAAUUUUGAGGUCUCUUUGGCCAUGGCUUAGCCCACUCUUCACAGGAGAAAGUGUCAAAGAGGUUGGAAAUUGGACUUGUAAUUUCUUCCAUUUGACCCGUGUACAUCACACAUGUCAGGCUGGGGUGUUAUGCAGUGGUAGAGUGCUUUCCCAGCAUGCUCAAAGCCCUGGGUUCAACCUCCAGCACAGGAAAGAAAAAUCACUUUUGCAUGAAUUAUCCUUUAUCUAGUAGAUAAGUGCAAGUGUGUUAAUGUCGAUUAAGCCACGUCUCGGAAGAAGGGAUGUACAGUGACAAGGUCGGCAAGUGUUCUAGAAUGACCGUGUCCUCCUUCCACCCCAUUCCCGCUCCAGGUCAAGGAGCCAAGGUGGGGGCUCGCUCUGGAAUGGCUGCCCCGCCCCCAGAUUUCCUUCCAGGAAAAGUGCAGUGGGGCUUUUAUACUGGCGGGAAGUACUCACCAUGCCAGGAAGGACCUCUGCCAGGGCAUCCGGGACAACCAGCCCCUUCCUUUGGUGGAGAAAGGGGUGAAUGGGUCUAUUCCAGGCUCUGGCCUUCUAGUCCCAAUUCUCUCUCCUUGUCUACCUGUGGAAAUGGGAUGAUGAGAUGCCACUAGCCUCUUUUGGCCCUCCUUGAACUCUUGACUCUUGAAAUAACACCACAAAAGCAAAGCCUAGCUGGGGGGAUGGUGAUGAGCGCCUUUAAUCCUAGCACUCAGGAGGCAGAGGUGGGUGGGUCUUUGAGUCUGAGGCCAGCCUGGUCUACUGAGUGAGGGCUACACAGAGAAACCCUGUCUCAGGAAACCAAAAACCAAAACAAUAAAAUCAAGCAUGGGGCAGAGAGAUGGCUUAACUGGUAAGGGCGCUAGCCAUUCAAGCCUGACAACCCUUCGCUCCACUGUCUCCAUCUCUACCUUCCCUGAGCCUGAAGAUCCUUCGGACUGUGGCUGAUCACCGGGUGAUGUGGGAGACACCUUUCUCAGCUCUUCUCCCCAGCUUCAAAUUGGCAUGUGCCGGGAUAGCAUAUGCAUCUUCAGUGCUCCCGGGUCAGGAAGUGGGGGACAGGCGCGGUGACUAUGGUGAGCGCUAAGCCUGAGACAGGGGCCAUUUACUCAGUAAGCAAGAUGCAGAAAUUGUAACAUUCCCCCAACAAGGAUGCAAAACCCUCCGAUGGUCAGACUAUCAAAAUGGUGAGAGACAGAUUCCAAGGUGGUGUUUUCAUCCCUUGACUCCUCUUACUGUAAUCUCAGCCCUGAG